GUCUUCUGUUUCCAUGGAAACCAGACGCCUCGCUUUCUCAAGCAGCUGAAAGACGCAAACGAAGUCCAGACGACGCGGCUGUCCAGCAGGACUCAGAGGCUCAGCAGUGAUGUCACUUCUUCAGGAAGCAGAACAUGUAAAGUCAUGCAGCAACCCUGGAAACCCGGUGUUCUCCUGCAUCAUCAGCUCGAAGGUGAAGGAAGGGUCUCUGGGGAAGAUCCAUCCCCAGAGCGUCCUGUACAGAACCACGUCAGGCGACUACGGCCGGCUUCCUCCCAGCUUUGAGAGCGCCCCCUGCAGCUACCACCCCAAGACCCAGGGCUUCACCCGCCGGAUGCGGCUGGGAGGAAUGUUUCACGGCUGCUCCAUGAACACGGCACUCGAUAAAACCCAGACCUGUCUGCCACACACCAUCUGAGCAUGCUCAGAUGACCAGCCUUCAGGCCACAGCGGCAGCUCCUCUUCCUCACUGACAAUAACUUCAGAUAGUAGCGACUGCUUUGUUGGUGUGACAACAUUUGAUAUGUAAUUCCUGAGUUAGAUAUGUAUUAUAUCAUUAAAGUGAAACCAGCUUG